CGACAUUUAAAGAAUUGAAGUGACGACCCGAAAAAAAGGAAAAAAAAACAAAAAAAAAAAAAGAGAAAGAGAAGAAGGGAGAGAGGAGAGAAAAAAUGGAGGAGAUAAAGAUAUGGGAGACUAAACAUAUCUUCCACAAAUACCCUUCACUUAAAGCCAAUCCACAUACUUCAUCUCUCUCGACACCCUUCUCCCUCUCCUCCUCAACUCCAUCUAGGGUUUUUCCUCUCUCUUCCUCUCGCCGCCCUUAUUCUUACUGUUUUGAAAUUUGAAGAUAAUGGAGCCAGUCUCUGAAGGUUCUGCUUCUACUUUAGCUGGCUUUAUGGAUAGGAGAAAGAGAAGCCCUCUGAUUCGUCGACCCCGCGAUGUAAAAGAAAGCUUUAACAGUUUCACUCCUAGCAAUGAAAGUAACCCAACUCUGAACACACUGAAACUUAAGCUUAAGCUUGGUGGUGGCGUUACUCGUACUAUCCAAACCAACUCAGAGGCGGGUAUUUUCACCAAAUCCACGAAUAACGGUCAAAGAUGUGUUCAGAAAACUAUGUGUCUAGGAGAUAUAGACCGACCUAGAGUGAAUCCCUCUGAGAAUGUAAGAGGAGCAUCAAUGUGUGAGAAGAGCAAACGUGGUGUUAAAAAGCGUUUGUUGGAUCCAGAACAAGAGAGUGAUGUUGAUGAAGGAGAUGAGGAGAUUAGAUACCUUGAAAAGUUGAAGUCUAAAAGGGUCACAAGGGACCAUCAUGAAGGAGGCAGAAAGAUACACAUCAAUGUGGAAGACAAACGUGAUGUCGCUGAAAGGGAUAAGCUCACUAUGGAAGGAACAACUAGUGGACAUGUUCCUACUACACGUACUCGAGCUCUCUUGUCUGGAAAAGAUCCGUAUUCUCCCAUCGGUUCGGUUCCUCUUGAGUUUCCUGAUGGCUUACCUUGCCCUUCUUCUAAAAGACAAAAGCAGAAGCUUUCUGAGGUAGAACAACAAUCCAAGAAGGCUGAAGCUGCACAGAGACGGCGAAUACAGUCAGAGAAGGCUGCUCAAGAAGCUGAGGCUGAAGCUAUCAGGAAAAUACUUGGACAAGAUUCAGGAAGAAAGAAGAAAGAGGAGAAGAUUAAAAAACAACAGGAAGAACGAGCUCAAGAGAGAGCUACAAGAUCAAGCACACUCCCAUCAGACACUAUCAGAUUAGUUAUUGGUCCAAGUGGAACAACCUUGACGUUUUCUGAAGACAUUGGUCUUCCUGAUAUCUUCAAGCCGUGUACUCACAGUUAUCCUCCUCCUCGUGAGAAGUGUGUGGGGCCAAACUGCGAGAAAGCAUACAAGUACAGGGAUUCAAAAUCGAAGCUACCACUAUGCAGUCUCACGUGUUACAAGGCUAUUCAAGCCAAGAUGCAACAACAAUCUUUGAUUCAUUGCUAAUUGCUUAACAGAUUUUUUUUUUGUUUGUCAAAAUGUAUUAUUAUAUAUAUGAACACAGUUGUUUCUUGACAUGAACAAAACUUUCGCCUAGUGUGUUCAGUGAAACAUGAAGUUUGGAUUCCUGUGCUUUAUAAGAAUUGAAAUGGC